AGUUUGAGAAAUGCUAAAUUGUUAACCCACUGUAAACAAACAACGACACACAUUUCCGCCAGCAUUAAAAGGCGUUUGAAAGACGAAAAUAAUUUGUUAUGCAGCUGCUAUCUGGCUCGGACAUUUUUGCCUUAUAAUUUAAAAUACAGUUUUCCUCAGCUGAACCCUGAAGCAAGAUUAUUUCGCGUCGCCUGAACGCUAACUGGCCAGAAGAGGAAUCAGUUUGCUCCAUUAGCCAAGAGACUUCGUGGUUAAUGUUAGCGCCAGUUAGCUCAGUUUUGUUUUUACCGUGCGCGUGCUUACCAGUUCAUCGCCAGUUGUUUAUUUUAUUUGUUCUUGAUUAAUUAUCUAACGUGUAAGCUAAUACUCCAGAAAUCGGUCCACAUCCCGCGAAGCAUUAGCAAAGCGACACGUUUGAGACAUGGUUAAGCUGACCAAGGCGAAAACCUUUCAGGCCUACCUGGACACCUGUCAUCGCAGGUACAGCUGCGUGCACUGCCGGGCUCACCUGGCAAACCAUGACGAUCUUAUCUCCAAAUCUUUCCAGGGAAGCCAAGGAAGGGCCUACCUCUUCAACUCAGUGGUGAACGUGGGGUGUGGCCCGGCGGAGGAGAGAGUGCUGCUGACGGGGCUUCACGCUGUGGCGGACAUCUACUGCGAGAGCUGCCACACCACCCUGGGCUGGAAAUACGAACAGGCUUUUGAGUUGAGUCAGAAGUACAAGGAGGGAAAGUUCAUCAUUGAAUUGUCGCACAUGAUCAAGGACAACGGCUGGGACUGAAGCCGCUUUGCGCUCUCUCUCUCUGUCUCACAUCGUGGUGAAGAGGCUAUCGCCAUGUCAACCAGUCACCUGUAUGCAGCUUUACAAAGAACAGUGUACCGAGUGUCUCAUUACGAUUGGCAUCUCAAGCUCUCCUUUUAUCACAAAAAAAAAUCAGGGGUUCGCGUGUUUGUAUGAAAUAGUCAAGAUCUUUUAUUAUUCUCCUACAGAUUUCAGUCUUAUUCCCACAUUUCUGUAAAUUCACAUAAGUCUGUCAUCUCCUGUUCAGUUGUAAUUGAAUCCUAAAACUGUUUAUUUAGAGCAAAGUCUGAGACGAUGAUUAAUGUUAUAUCCCAAUGAAUUCAGUCGCCCUUUUUUUAUAUUUUAGAUGGAUUUUGUGAGGGUGUUGGGCUGUGUGGGAGAAAGACUGCCUGUUUCUGAGCAUGUGCAGCGAGCAGGUAUGUAUGGGAGUGACUGUUUCUGAGCAUGUGCAGUAAGCGUGUACGUAUGGGAGUGACUGUUUCUGAGCAUGUGCAGUGAGCAGGCACGUAUGGCAGUGACUGUUUCUGAGCAUGUGCAGUGAGCAUGUACACAUGGGAGUGACUGUUUCUGAGCAUGUGCAAUGAGCGUGUACAUAUGGGUGUGACUGUUUCUGAGCAUGUGCAGUGAGCAGGUACAUAUGGGAGUGACUUUCUGAGCAUGUGCAGUAAGCAGGUACAUAUGGGAGUGACUGUUUCUGAGCAUGUGCAGUGAGCAGGCACGUAUGGGAGUGACUGUUUCUGAGCAUGUGCAGUGAGCAUGUACAUAGGGGAGUGACUGUUUCUGAGCAUGUGCAGUGAGCAUGUACAUAUGGGAGUGGCAGGUAUCUCAGCCCACAAUAGGCUGGUGAACAUUGAGGAUGUGGAGUGUGUGUUAAGUGUGUGAUGCAUUGUGUAGAGAGGGUGUAGGCAGCCUGCGUAGACCAGAUGUGCCAGGGUGUUGGUCUCUACUUGUGUUUUAGUGUACAGAAUGUGUGUGUGUGUGAGUGAGAGAGAGUGCAAGUACAGAGUAUGUAUAUAUGUAAAUUUUGCACAGUGUGUGUGUGUGUGUGUGAGUGAGUGUGUGUGUGUGAGAGAGAGCGAGCAAGAGUGCAUGUCAGAGAGAACUAGAGAGUAUGUGUGUGUGAGAGAGAGAGUGAGUGAGUGAGUGAGAGAGAGAGUGAGCGAGCGAGAGUGUGUCAGAGAGAACUAGAGAAUGUGUGUGUGUGUGUGUGUGCGCGCACGCGUGCGUAAGAGAAAGAUGCAAUUAAGUGGUAAAUGCAGUACCUGGGGUUGGUAUUUAAUAGAAAUUUUUCUGUCCCAACAUUUUCAGUUGUAGGUAAAUUGCCAAUUCUAAAACAUCAUUGGGCUGUUCAUUUUAAUAUUUUAUUUUUGAAAGAAAUUUGAUGUAAAUAGUGGCUAUUAUUUUUUGGCAUGUACAGAAAAAUAUAUGUGAUCAUAUAUUCUAAUGUCUAAUAUUAAAAUCACAAGUGUAUUAAUUGUAACAAAUAAUUUAUGCGGGGUUGUUGAUUAAAGUAUAUUAUUUCAGUCUGAACAACUGUAUUAAAGUAUGUGAUAAAAAUA